AGCUCUUGAGCUUCAAAGCUGCCUGCAAAAAGACAGAGAAAGGAAAAGAAGAAAAGAAGGCAAAUCAUGAGUACCAUUUCCAAGAAUUCCUUGAAGAACUCCCUGCUGCAGCUAGAAUGUUAUUUUACAUGGACUUUGCUGAAGGAGGAUGUAGAUCUUGACAGUCUGGAAGAAUCAAUAGAGGAUCAGAUUGAGUUUUUCAUAAAACCCAACAUUUCAAAUUACAAUCUACUAUCUUAUGUAUACCACCUAAAGCUCUCAGAUGAAGAAGCUCUGGAAUAUCUCCAAAAAGCUGAAGAAGAAAUUAAAAAAUACUAUCCAGGUGAAAUUGACAGGAGAAGUCUCGUUACCUGGGGGAACUACGCUUGGAUCUACUACCACAUGGGCAGAUAUGAAGAAGCUCAAGUGUAUAUAAAUAAAGUGGAAAACAGCUGCAAAAAGCUUUCAAAUACUGCUCAUUUGAAGAUUCAGCUUCCAGAGAUCUAUGCUGAGCAAGGAUUUGCACUAUUAAAAUUUGGAGGAAAGUACUAUAACAGAGCAAAAGAGUGCUUCAAAAAUGCUCUGAGGGAAGAACCCAACAACCCAGAAUUUAAUGCCGGUUAUGCAAUAGCAGUGUAUCGUUUGGAAGAAUUUUCUUACAGAAGAUGUGAAGAAGUGGACUCAUCCCUGGAGCCUCUGAAGCGUGCACUGAAACUGAAUCCAAUGGACACUUAUCUUUUGGCUUUACUUGCAUUGAAACUUCAGGAUUCAGAUCAAGUUGAUGAAGCAGAGAAAUGCAUUGAAGAAGGAAUGAAGAAAACCCCUUAUCUUCCCUACUUCCUGAGAUAUGCUGCUAAAUUCUACAGAAGGAAAAAAGAACUGGACAAGGCACAAGAGGUUUUGGAGAGAGCCCUAGAAAUAUCACCAAAAUCUACCUUUUUGCUUCACCAGCUAGGACUCUGCUACCGAGCAAAGCUGUAUGAGUUGAAAAACAGUACAAGAUAUCCACCUCAAGAUCAAAUAGAAGAGCUCAUUCAAAUUUGCAUUUCUCAUUUCAAAGUGGUGACAGAGCAAAAGCCAAAAUUUUUUAGUGCCCUAAUUGACUUGGCAAGGAUGUAUGCGGAGGCAAAUAUGUAUCGAAAAGCAGAAGAGACGUUUCAGAAAGCCCUGAAUGUAAAUAUUCUGACUUGCUCCAAUAAACAAGAAAUAUGCUAUUUUUAUGGAAAUUUUCUGCAAUAUAAAAAGAAAUCAGAAUCUGAAGCAAUUAAAUAUUACAAAGAGGGGCUAAAAAAUGGUAACUACUGUUUUGCAGAGAAGAUCAGACAAUACCUAAAGAGACUGUUGGAAAAGAGAAUUCAAGGAGGAUUAGGAGGUGAAGAUGAUUUCAGUACACUUGGACUCAUUCAUAAACUAGAUGGUGAGAAGCUUGAAGCAAUUGAAUGUUAUGAGAAAGCCAAUGAAUAUAAUCCAGACAAUGAAGAAUAUCUGAGUGUGUUAUUGGAGCUACGACUUUCCCUCUCAAGCUGAAGCACUCCGAAAUCCCUCUCAACAACAACAAAAGCACAUUUAAAGAGAAUCUAAAUGCAUUUGUUCACUUUUUAAGGUUAGAGUUAUAACCACAUGAAUCCGAUGGCAUUACUCUUUAGUCAUAAUGCAGAAUAUGCAGACGAUGACCGGAUGAUGAUUGUGCGUUUGCUUGUCUGUUCAUUACCAAAGGGCAUGUUUGAUAAGAAUAAAUAGAAACUAAGCUACCUUAGCCUACCAUGCUAAUACUGCUAUAAAAGUUGUCUUUGAGUACCAGUAGGACACAAAUCUUCUAAGCUGGAAAACAGAUCUCACCUUCUAAUGAGAAAAGAGAACCAUAACAUUAUAACAUUUAACACAUCCAUUUCAAAAGCAUGCUGAUACUAAUGUGAUUAUUUCUGGUGUUUUUUGGAAUAUCAAGUAUCAUUUAGAAAAACCUGUGUUGACUUGUUCAGUUUGCUACCUUGUAUGCUGUUUAACAAUAAAAGCUAUUGUCUGUUCA